CCCGCGGCCGCCCGGCUCCCGGGGCUGCAUGGCGGGCGCAGGGGUGCCGAGCGGGACGCGCGGGGGGCCCGGCCCCGCGCAGCGCGAGGACCCGAGCGGCUGGCGCUGCCCGGAGCACGGCGACCGCGUGGCCGAGCUCUUCUGUCGCCGCUGCCGCCGCUGCGUGUGCGCGCUCUGCCCGGUGCUCGGCGCGCACCGCGGCCACCAGGUGGUCCUGGCGCGGGAAGAGGCGGCCCACGUGCAGAAACUCACCCAAGAAUGUUUAAAGCAGUUGGAAGUCAAGCAGCAGCAGCAAGUUGGCAACAUAACCCAAAUAGAAGACACUGCUGAGAAGCUCAAGGCUCAUGCAGAGUCAAGUAAAACCUGGCUGAUGGGAAAAUUCACUGAACUCAGAUUACUACUUGAUGAAGAGGAAGUGCUGGCCAAGACAUUCAUUGAUAAAAGCACACAGCUUACCCUCCGGGCGUACAGGGAGCAAAUAGAAUCUUGUAAAGAACAGAUAGAUGGCAUGCACAGUCUCUCCAGCAGGGUCUGGAGGAUCAACCAGGAGCCCGAUCCCAUGCUGCUGCUGCAGGAGUACCGGGCCGCUGAGCAGGAGAUCCAGCAGCAGAUGAGCCUGGGAGAGCUGUGCUACCCUGUGCCCUUCUCCUUCGAGCCCGUCAAGAGCUUCUUUAAGGGCUUCAUGGACGCCGUGCAGAGCGUGUUACAGACGCCGCUGGACAUUCGCCUUAAGGACAACAUGAACUGCCAGCUCUCGGGCUCCUCCAGCACCAAACUAGUUUCCUUGUUGAAAACAAGCCCCUCACCAGAGCGAUCACUCUUCUUAAAAUAUGCGCGCACGCCCACGCUGGAGCCGGACACGAUGCACGCGCGCCUGCGCCUCUCCGCCGACCGCCUGACGGUGCGCUGUGCCCUGGUGGGCCGCCUGGGCCCCGCGCCCGCGCUGCGCUUUGACAAGCUGUGGCAGGUGCUGGGCCGCGACUGCUACGCCGCCGGCCGCCACUACUGGGAGGUGGACGUGCAGGAGGCGGGCGUGGGCUGGUGGGUGGGCGCGGCCUACGCGUCCCUGCGGCGCUGCGGGGCCUCGGCCGCCGCCCGCCUGGGCUGCAACCGGCAGUCCUGGUGCCUCAAGCGCUACGACCUCGAGUACUGGGCCUUCCACGACGGCCAGCGCAGCCGCCUGCGGCCCCGCGACGACCCCGAGCGGCUCGGCGUCUUCCUGGAUUACGAAGCCGGCGUCCUCGCCUUCUACGACGUGUCGGGAGGCAUGAGCCACCUGCACACGUUCCGGGCCAGCUUCCAGGAGCCGCUCUACCCGGCCCUGCGGCUGUGGGAGGGGGCCAUCAGCAUCUCCCGGCUGCCCUAGGGGUGCGCAGGGGUGCGCAGGGGUGCGCCAGGCCUGCCCGGCUCUGGUCGCACCGACCCCGUGUGGGUGCGGCGGUAAGCCGCACCCGCGCGUCCUCGGACCUCCCCACCGCCACCAGGGCACUUAGACCACCUUGCAUUUAUGGUCCGGGUGCCACCAAGGGAGCCCUAAGCAUCCUGACCAUGUCAGAAUGCAUUUCCCCUCAGCCACAGACCUCUCCCUCCUACAGCAGUCAGCAAUGCCUGGCACUUAGUAGGCACGCAAUAAAUUGAAUGAAUGAGAGUCCUCCAGCUCGUCCUCACUAAUGUCCCUUUGAGCUGCCUCCUCUUCCACUCGGCCUCAGCUUGUCCAUGUCACUUCUCUUCAGAGCAGCCGCAAGAGCAUCUUAACACCUUGUGGCCUGAACCCUCUCCCAUCCUCCACUGUACAGUGAUACGACUGAAACCUCAUUUAACCUUUUAGAACUACCAGGAGGUUCCCAAGGAUCCCAGGAAGAAAAAAGCAGGCACUUUACGUUAGCAUCCAAGGGUUUUCUAGUCUGCCCCCAAACUCCUAAUGCCUAUCUAGCUUCUACUGCUCUUUUCAGAGACCCUUUUUCAGAGUUGUGACCACCCGUACAUUCUGCUGCUGUCCUCCCCUCUUGCCCCAUACACAACUCAUUUAUACAGAAAGGCCCUUCUUCCUUUGCUGUCUCAGCCUUCCCUGGCUUAACUGCCUCAGGAAGUCUCCCCAAGCCACAAGAACCUCUCUCACUAUCAGCACCACAAAUCUGGAACCUGGCUUUCCAACUAGAUUGGAAGCUUUCCAAAGGCAGCUAUGUCCUAUGCCUUCCCCACCCUGGAAAGUUCAGGAUGCCCCUUUCCCUCCCAGUGAGUGACCAGCAGCUGGCUAUCACUGAAUCAAAGAACCGCUGAGCUGAGAAGUCCUCAUGAAUCAGUCUGACCUCAUUGUACAUUUGGGGAGACUCAGGUCCUGAAAGUUGCUUAAGGUUACCCCCAAACCCCAAAGCAAGUGUCUUACUUGCCCCCUGUCCCAGCUCUUCAGGCCCAGCUUUCAAUGUGGGAGAUUUUACUGCUUACUCAUUUCUCAGGGGAUGUUGGAAAGAAAUCAGCAGGUGGCUGUUGCUUAGCAACUACAGGCAGUUUUCCCAACUGUCUUGGAACCAAAAGAGGAGGAGAUGAGAGUAAGGUUUGGACAGCCCAGACAUCCCCAUGCCCCUCCAAUCCCUCAGUUCCAGGUGUUGCCAAGGGAACCCCAUUUUCCAGAAAGAGUGACAGAAAUAGAGAAGGCCAAAUCAGCAGGACCUCGCAGGCCAGCUCCUUCCCAGGAAGGGAAAGGCCUCUUUUGGGGGGGGCUGUGACUCAGCUUUAAAGAUUUAGCAUCAUUAUUUGUCAAAUUUUCUAAGACGGUUUUGAAACCAUACUAUGUUAAAGUAUCUUCUUAAGUGGUCAGCAAGAGGGCAGGGGAGGGUAAAGAAAAUGCAAAGCUGAAAUCCACUCAUGGUUUCAGGGCAUUAAUUAGUUUGAACCACGUAAAACUGCCAAUUUCCAAUAGUUUCCUGACUUAAUGCCGCUUCAUACAGGGCAAUGUAAUACAAGUGACAUACAAGGCAGAAGGAACCUUAAGGGUGCCUUUAAUUCUAACCAAAUCACUUAAAACUCUAGCUGGAUAGAAAGCAUAGUGUCUAAGCACAUUGCUCCAAGAAAUCCUGAAAAAGGGAGAAUUAAUUCUACUGGGGAUGACCCAGAGCUGAAUUCUGAUGGGGUACUCCUGACAGAAGAUGUCUCUCUCUCUGUGUGUGUGUCUAUGACUAAAUAAAAUCUUUAAAAAAAAAAAAAGAAGAAGAAGAAGAUGGCUGCACUUGACCCUACGUCUUUGCAAACGAAGACUGACUUCCAGACUCUGGCACUGUCCUAACGCUUUACAGCUAUUAACUCAUUUGAUCCUUACAUCAUCCCUGGGAGGCAGAAAGUUAUCCCAGUUCUGCACGAGGCAAAAUUGAGAUACAGAGUAGCUCGCCCAAGGUCACACAGCCAGUGGUGGACUUGGGGUUGUGCUCAUGUCCAGCAGGCCAUACUGUUCAGGUGAACACACUAGUCUGUGGCUAGUACCUGCUUGCUCCUGUUAGGCCUGUGAUGCUUGGCUUUGGCCUACUGUGUUUACCUUUGGAUUACUUUCCUAGGGCAGAGAUGAGGCGCAGGGAGGAACUUGAGUUUGGAAUUCAUGUAUCAGAGACAGAGCUAGACUAUAAAGGACAAAAACUGGCUUUGAGCAAAUGCUUACUCUGUAUCAAGACCUGUGCUAGCCAGAAAACUGCAGUUUCGGUACACAAUCAUGUGACCUCAGGCUAGUCAUUUUACUUCUCAGAGAGUCAUCUGUAAAAUGGGGGUGAUGACCCUGCCUACUAGUGUUGGGAGGCUCAAAUGAGCCAACGGUUAUGAACUUGCUUUAAAAACCAUAUAGUACUGUACCAUGCCAGGACCCACUGGCAUCUCCAGCAGAAUUCCUGUUGUGCCUGACAGAGCGCUGGGACAAGAGAUAUUCCCAGCACCAGCCUGCAGUAGCAGGAACCUCCUUCUUGAAUAUUCUCAAUGCAAGAGUUAAGUUUCCUUGAGGUCUGUAACUAUAAAAAUCACUCCUCUAAUUCUCCUUCAGAUUGAUACUUGGAGAAAUUUCUUAAUAUACCAAACUGCUUGCAUAUAUUUUUAAGCCACAUUAAUUUUAUAAUAUGUGGUUUGUUCUAAUAAAUAUGAAUACGGUACCUUUUAAUCAUGUUCUGCAUUGGGAGUUCAUGCUGCUUCAAGUACAUGGCACCUGGGCCUGGACAGGACCUUGCUCACCUCGCAUCCCCUCCACAACUUUCUGGUGGUAGUCAGCUGGUCCCGGGUUGAAUAGUGCCAGUAAUGGAGAGUUCACUACUUAUGAAUAUAACUCACUAAGUUCUUGCCUGUGUACAAAUAAGCCCUACCUUCUAGCUGUUCCUCUCCAAAACACUACUCUGUAGCUUUUGGCAUCUUUGUGACCAUCCUUUAGCAAUGUGGAAGCCAUCUGUGGUCACUUACUGAUUUGUAGAGAUUUCAGGGACCCUUCCUUGCCGAUUGCAUCUCUUCUGUUCCUGCAAUUCCACUGAGCCAGGGAGCAGGGGACAGUAAUGUCCCCCUAGCAGAGGACACACACAGGUGGGCCUGCCUAUGCACCAGUCCUGGUGGGCAGGAGUCUGUACCAGGAGGAGGGGACAGCCUGCCCAACAAGCCAAGCUGCAUGUGAGGUGAAGUUUGGGAUAAGCAUGAGAGUAGGGGGCCAGAUCUGAGUCUAGCAUAUCCUCUGAAGCCUUCCAUGGUUCC